GGCGGCAGUGAACGUGUGCACUGCAGUGUAGUAGAAGAGCUUUUCGACUUCACACCGGAAGCAUCGUUGAAGAGCACUCCCAGGCAUAAAGGUCCAUUAAAUUGUUUAUUGGUCAAUCAUUUUCCUGUCAAAUAAAGUAUGGGAGCUGACAAAAGGCCCAGUCGGGGAGAACGCAGUGGAAGGUAUGGUUCAGAUGGCACGAGAGAUGAUCCACAUUGGCGCGACAGGCAAAGUCGUGAUGCAGAGAGGGAUUACAAGCGGCAGUGGGGGGAUGACAAAACCAGAGAUCGCUUUGACGAUUGCAGAGACAAUCGAGAGAGGGGUCGAAAACGCCACAACAGUGAUAGAUCAGAUGAGGAAUACGAUGGUGACUAUGUAGACCACGACAACAGAGCAGAGGAGGAGGAGGAGGAGGAGGAGAACAAGACGAUCAUGCUCAGAGGUCUCUCUCUCCAGGUCACAGAGGAAGAUAUCCGCUCAGCACUGGAGCAGCUGCCGGGUCCCCAGCCGGUGGACGUCCGCUUGAUGAAGAAAAGGACUGGUAUAAGCCGAGGUUUCGCCUUCGUGGACUUUUAUCACUUGCAAGAUUCUACCCAGUGGAUGGAGACCAAUCAGAAUAAGCUGGUUAUCCAGGGGAGAAACAUCGCAGUCCACUACAGCAACAGGAAGCAGAGGUUUGACAACUGGCUUUGCAGCACUUGCGGUCUUUACAAUUUUCGGAAGAGGCUGAAGUGUUUCAGGUGUAGUGCAACUAAAACUGAUGGAGAUGCAGCAGCUGGUUUAAACGCAGAGUCUCAGCAGUCUUGGGAGUACUGUGGGGACACAAUAAUUCUGAGGAACCUUCCCCCUGUGUGCACUAUUGAUGAGAUUUUGAAGGUUUUGGCUCCCUUCGCCAACUUGUCUCCUUGCAACAUCCGCUUAAUCAAAGACAAGCAGACGGGACACAAUCGAGGCUUUAGCUUUGUUCAGCUCUCAUCUCCCUUGGAAGCUUCACAGCUGCUUACCAUUCUCCAGAGCCUCCAGCCACCUCUGAAGAUGGAUGGGAAAACCAUUGCCGUGGAUUAUGCCAAGAGUGCGAGGAAAGAGUCAUCGCAGGCAGAUGCGAUCAGAACCAGUGCACUCUCAGUUGCCAGCACAGCCAUAGCUGCAGCACAGUGGUCAUCCAGCCAGUUAAAGCAAGGUUCAGGAGCUGCCAGUGACGUUAACCCUCCAGAGAGCUAUGAACAUCACACACAGGGACAGAAUUUUCAAGUGUGGCAACAGCCACAACCUGAAGGAUUGCCUCCUGUCAUUGGUGAUGGUUUACUGGGAGCUGCUCCAGGGAUGAAGAAUAUGCUCCCUGCAGGUGUAGUCUUGCCUCAAGUUUUCCAGCCCGUCAUUGUCAACCAGGCUGCCACGCAUUUAGCAGGGCCGCUCAAUGCAAUCCAACUGGCUUCUAAUUUUGGUACGGCGUUAUUGGUCCCAGCAGCAGCCAACAGUGCCAUCCGCAACACUGGAACUGCUGCAGCUGUCCCGGACACGUCGCUCUAUCAGUAUGAUGAGUCUUCUGGUUACUAUUACGAUCCACAGACUGGCCUGUACUAUGAUCCUAACAGUCAGUUCUACUACAACUCUGAGACGCAGCAGUAUGUCUACUGGGACAGUGAGAAACAGGCCUAUGUUCCUGCGGCGCCUACAUCAGACAAAAUUAGCUCCACUACUUCCUCCUCAACCAGAAGCACCAGCAGCAAGGAGCCUAAAGAGAAGAAAGAAAAGCCCAAAAGCAAGUCGGCACAGCAGAUCGCAAAGGACAUGGAACGUUGGGCAAAGACUUUAAAUAAGCAAAAGGAAAGUUUCAAAACAAAUGUCCAAGCAGCAGGUGCGUCCAGGGAUGAGGAGAAAAAAGAGGCUGCAGAUGCAUGUUUCUCCAUUUUUGAGAAGAAGCAGACAGGGGCCUUUGAGAUGCCACCCCUCUUGACUGAGCAGUUCCACCUGACAGAGCAGGAGACUCCAGCUAAGAGUACUCCAGUCGUCGCUUACGACAGGGACAGCGACGCUGAGGGCGGAUCAGAACACAAAGCAGAAGACAGUGGCAAAAUAACCGACUGGGUCAAGAUGGUGUGCCUCCUGUGUCGCCGGCAGUUCCCCAAUAAAGAAACUCUGCUGCGUCACCAGCAACUCUCUGACCUUCACAAGCAAAACUUGGAAAUCCACAGAAGGUCCCAGCUCUCUGAAGCAGAGCUGGAGGACCUGGAGAGGAAAGAGACUGAGUUGAAAUACAGAGACCGGGCUGCUGAGAGGAGGGAGAAGUACGGCGUUCCGGAACCUCCUAAGAAAGUCUUUAAGCGGACCGCACCAACAAUACACUACGAGCAGCCCACCAACAACGGCCUGACGAGUGAUAACAUCGGGAACAAGAUGCUACAAGCCAUGGGCUGGCAGGAAGGCAAAGGCUUGGGGCGCCACCAGCAGGGCAUCACUGUUCCCAUCUCGGCUUCCUUAAGGACCAAGGGCACCGGUUUAGGCAUUAAAGGAAGCACUUUGGAAAUGUCGGCAUCAGGCAACUACAAGGAUGCUGUCCGUAAAGCCAUGUUUGCUCGCUUCAGUGACAUGGAGUGAAAAAAAACAACCUCAACAGGAAAUGUUUUUAAUGGAAAAAAAUUCCCACCCACUUAUGUUCAGGGUUGUGCCUAUCCCAUCUCUGGGGGAAAAAGCGGCUUAUGCCCUGGAUUGGUCGCCAGUCAACCAUACAAGUAUAGACAACCAUUCACAUUGACAUGCACAUCCGUAGUCACAAUCCUACGUGACAAUGUACAGCUGAAUUCACACUCUAUAUUUUUAACGUCAUUUUCUACAACUGGAUUUUGUCUUUCCAAACGACCACUCCAGUAACACAAACAUGUACAUGGGUUUGUAUAGAGAAUUGUAAGAUUCCUUAGCAAUAUGAUAAUUAAAAACUGAUCUUUUGUCACUAUUACAUUUUGUUUCCCAUGUCAUCCUGUAGUCAUACAAAGUACACCGACCAAUCCAAUAAAAAAAAAACUGUAUUAAUAAAUUCAUACUGUAUAUGAGGGGAAAAAAUGUCUGGAUUUUUUAUACAGUGCUUGAUCAGAUUUUAUUAGUUUGUGCAAGUAUACAUAACUCUUGUUUAUUAAAGGAUAUACACAAAAACA